AUGCAGAACGCGAACCCAGAGUGUGUGGGGCCGGAAAGUGCGCAGGCCGGAAUAGCCCCUUCCUGCCAGGGCUGCCCUAACGCGGCCCUUUGCGCGUCCGCACCCAAAGGGCCGGAUCCUGACGUUAGCCUUAUUCGAGAGCGUCUAAAAGACGUAAAACAUAAAGUGAUGGUUAUAAGUGGGAAAGGUGGGGUGGGAAAAAGUACCUUAUCCAAGGAAUUGGCAUUUACAUUAGGAUCCCGCGGGAUCAAUGUCGCUUUGGUGGAUUUGGAUAUCUGUGGUCCAUCCCUUCCGCGGCUUACCGGGGUGCGAGGGGAGGAUGCCCAUCAAAGUUCCGGGGGUAUCGAGCCGGUAUUAAUUGACAAUAGCGUGACCAUGAUAUCGAUGCACUAUUUAUUGGAUAAUAAGAACGAGGCGGUCUUGUUUCGAGGCUCGAGGAAGAAUGGAGUCAUCAAGUUGUUCUUGAAGGACGUCAUUUGGGGAGAAGUCGAUGUCAUGCUGGUGGAUACCCCACCUGGAACCUCCGAUGAGCAUAUCACAUUGAGCAAUAUCUUCCAGCAAACUGGCGGUGUUGAUGGUGCCGUUCUGGUGACUACCCCGCAACGUGUGGCCGAGGUUGAUGUUAGACGUGAGGUAAACUUUUGCGAAAAAGCCAAAAUUCCAGUACUAGGCAUUGUAGAGAACAUGAGCGGUUUUGUUUGUCCAAACUGUAAACAUAAGAGCGAAAUUUUCCCGAAAGAACGCACAAAAGAGAACUUGAUUGAGGGAGCUGGCGUCCGCCUUAGUCGUGAGUUUGGCGUUCCUUUGUGGGGAGCCAUUUCAUUGGAUCCUCAUUUAAUGAAAGCAUGUGAGGAGGGAAUUGCUCUUUCAGAAUUUGUCGAGCAGCAUGAAGAAGUACAAGAGAGCUUGACAAUAAAGGAACUUAACGUAAUAGUUGACCACUUAAUUUCAGCCCUGGGCUUAGAAGUGUGCUAA